AUGACCCGUCUACCACUCACCACCACCCACGCCCUCCUCGCCUUCCUUUCACUUCCAUCCCUCACCACCGCCACCUCCCUCAUCUUCCUCUACAACACCCCAAACUGCAACACAACAUCCAUCAACACAGCCAUGAUCAUCCAAGCCGGCACCAGCUGUCGACCGCAGACUAACGGGAGCGCAUCAAUCGGCUGGACACUCGACACCCCUUGCGCCGCCGUCAUCUUCUACAACGAGACGGGGUGCGCGAAUGCAAAUGUGCAGAAGGCUGUGGUUGCUGGGACGGGUGGGUUUGAAAUGAAUCCUCACGUCCUACGUCCAGCAGCUAGUAACGAGUGA